AAAGUAAUCUACAGAGUCAGCCAUGGCUUUGUGUCUUAAAGAAGUCAAAAAACAUAUUCGGCGCGCUCGGCACACGUUAGAAAAACUAGCCUCCAUUGAGUUAUCCUCGUGGGAAAAAUGUCCUCAUCGCCUGCUGGACAUAUGCAACCAGUUGUAUAUUUCUUUGUUUGUUGGCCCGUACAGAGAGGUUACCUCUAGCGCUCUUCAGCCACUCCUCAAUCCAAGGUAUCUGAAUGUAUCUGCAUUGAUGGAGACUGAGAGGAGGCGCAUGUCACAUGGCAGCGCUCAACUCACCUUAUGAGCCACCCUCAUGGAUGUCUUUGUACGACUAUCCGUAUAGAACCAUAUCCCAACUCCGAUUGUCUCGUUCCACAAGCCCGAGCACAACUCGGAGAAUACCGGGUGACUGCAGGAUCAGAGGUAGAAUUAAGGAUUACGAAGUCCGCGGAAGAAGAAGCAGAGCAAACCUCUGAUCGCUCAAGCCUCAAGUUGUGAAACCAUACCCCGUACAGAGUACUGUCAAAUCCUCACCUGUCACAUCUCCAAAUUCAAAUCAGAUGCGGUCUGCGCGCGCAGAUAAGAUCCUUGCAGCCAAUCAAUUGCAUCACGAGCUUUAUGGCUGCUUCUGAUUGAGAGCUGAUAGCCAGGGGUCAGGGACAUCAGGAUGCUGCAGGAAGCGCGCCAAGAGGUGACCGCUCUUUUCGAUUCCCCUGCUCAUUGUUUUUGUUGUUCCCAGGGAAAUGGAAACUUCAAUCAAAGCGCAUUUCGGCCUAACUGUUAGUCUAAAUAAAGGUGGUUGGCUUUUGUUUUUGCUUUUUUGAGGCGUCUCAAUUCCGAUCCAAUGUCUCGGACUCGAGUCGAGACUCGAGACUCGAUGGCAGGUGACCCGAGUCCAGUUUCAAGUGUUCGAACCUCAAAGACGAAGGAAUACUUCAAAGGUUAUGGAUCUCAAUGACUCUUUGUCUCUCCGGGCGUUUGGUGGCUGCUAUGGCUGUCGUGAAGAGGCAUGACAUGAUCAGUGGUAAGCGUGCAGUACGCAAUGCGGUGUGCAAUGAUGAGAUGAGAUUCUCCCAUCCAAGUCAAUUCCAGCCGAGAACUCACGACACGACGCUGCACCCCGACGAAAGUAGGAAUGGAGCAUGUGUGGCAGCGGGUGGAGCGCACCGCCACAGGACGCAUGCACUCGGAAAAGUCGAGAAGCUGAGUCUGUCUUGGCGAGAUUCAAGCCGAAUGCAGCGUCCGGCACGGCGGCCAGACGGGUCUCAGAAGAUGUGAUAAUAAAAUUAAUGGGAUUAAUUAUUUAGCCAGCAUAAGCAACAGAGCACACCAGGCUAAGUUGACUAAAUCUGCAUGGAUGAUGAGAGGAUCAUGCGAGUGCCUCGAAUCAGGACCUGACGAUUUGCUCUAGUGCGCGUCAACCCCUGGUCUACCUCUUUUAUUCCGGCUGCGUGGCUGCUUGGUUUCUUUUUUUCUUUCUCACUGUCCCUAAUUCCAUUCUUCCUGAGAGUACUUUUGCGAUAUCGACCGUGGUCGCCGCAUUUAUCUGCCGUGGUUCCCUCUGAAAAGAGCGGGCGCUGCGCCUUGAAUUUCUUUCUGCCUUCUAAGUUUGGUUCUCGCGGCAUCCUCUUGAGCUUCUCUUUCAUCUCAUUUACCUCUCCUCCACCAUGUCCUCGAGCGCUCAAAAUGCCUUGGUUCUUCCAGAGAAUUCUUCUAUCCUGACCAGAGGCUAACGCCAGCUUUUGUGCAAUCGUCCUUGCCUCAUCUUUCUCGCCUUGUUUGGUAGCUGAUCGGCAUUGCGCACCUUCGUGCAGCCCAGUACCGCGUGGCGGCUGAUCUCCAUUCCUGAAUCGGCUGCAGACUAUCGACUUGAUUCCUAUUUGCGCCCCUCCUCUCGCAAAAUUCUCCGAAGAACGUACAUAUACAAUCCCCUUUACCCUCAACACAUCGCUCUCCGCAGCUUGUCACACGGCGGUGCAACCGUCACACUCGCCGAAUGUUUUCCGCUCUUCUUCGCCAGGCGGCCUACCACAAGGCCCGCAUACCAUGGCUGAAGGAUUUACACCUGAACUUCAUCCUCAUUCACUAUAUCUAUAUUAUCUCCGUCGCCCUCAUCUCCUCCAUCAUCAUCUACCCCGGAAACGACCUGAAAUACAUUGAUGCUCUUUUCUUCGCUGCGGGUGCGGCUACACAGAGUGGACUGAACACGGUGGAUCUCAACCUGCUGUACACCUACCAGCAGGUCAUUCUUUACUUUGUUUCCAUGCUCACCACUCCGAUCUUCAUACAUACAGCUCUGGUUUUCGUCCGGCUUUACUGGUUCGAAAAGCGCUUUCAGCACGUUGUUCGUGACGCCCGAGCUCUACGCACCACGAGAUCCCGCCUCCGAACUAUCAGCGAAGAUAAGAGUUCUGCGGGGGAAGAAGCGGGCAUCAAUGGGCGGCCUAUCGUGGUUUUGCGCGGCAACUCGGAAAACAAUUCUCAAGAUGGACCAAGUGCUGCAGCCCCCAUCUCGGAGAGCGACUCCGAGUCUGUUUCACCCACAUCGAAUGCGAGCAGUGUGAACAGAACGACAACGGAGGAUUAUAUGAAUACCACCGUUAACCGCGACUUUGGCAAUCUUCGUGUUCCUCCACAAUUGAGCCCCGAGCACCACAUUGCUUUCCUAGAGAAGCAGCGAAAGAACAAGGGCGCUUUGCGUAUUCCCAGUCCGAGAGAGUACGAUCGCGGUGGUGUUCCGCAAGUUCUGGAGGAGGAAGAAAAUGACGAGACCAAACUCGCACGGAGCGGAACUGCUCAGUCAGACCCUCCUCGAAGUCCCCGCAGUGUAGAGGAGCAGGACACCAUUCCCGCAACGGACGGACCACAUAUCACGAUCAACGAGCCGGAGAUGCCAUGGACGAGAACCCGUAACUCUACUUUUCCCCGCCUGGAUACCCGCCCAACCGUUCGCGAGACAAGGGAGGAUGGUGACCCGGCUACACUGGGGCGGACCAACACUCGCAGACCCACAUUUACUGGUAUUGUUCGAUCACUGACACAGGAACGCGAACGACCUACGCUGCCGUAUCUUAGCUGGGAUGCGACUGUGGGCCGCAAUUCGAACUUUAUCGAUUUGACCGAGGAGCAACGCGAUGAACUUGGAGGUAUCGAGUAUCGCGCUUUGAAGACGCUGGCCGUCAUCUUGAUAGCGUACUACGUCCUAUUCCACCUUUUGGGUAUCGUUGGCUUGCUUCCCUGGAUCAUGGAGACCCAUUGGGGCAAUGUUGUUAAGGCAGCUGGUCAGGGACGCCCAUGGUGGGCCAUUUUUACGGCUGCCUCGGCGUUUAACGAUGUCGGGUUCUCGAUCACUCCGGACUCCAUGCUUCAGUUCCAGACUGCAGUUUGGCCGUUACUCCUGAUGACCUUUCUCAUCGUUAUUGGCAAUACGGGAUUCCCAUGUAUGCUUCGCUUCAUUAUCUGGGUGUUGUCAAAAAUUGUGUCAAAAGAAACCCCACUCUGGGAGGAGCUCAAGUUUCUCCUGGACCAUCCGCGACGAUGCUUUACACUCCUGUUUCCACGAAAUGCCACGUGGUGGCUGUUCGCUAUCCUUAUCCUUUUGAACGGGAUUGAUCUGAUCUUCUUCAUCAUCCUUGAUCUCAAUGACCCUACCGUCACAUCUCUGUCAACAGGAAUCAAGAUUCUGGACGGACUGUUCCAGGCUUCCUGUACCCGAACCGCUGGAUUUGCUGUGGUGGCCAUCUCCGAACUACACCCCGCUGUGCAAGUUUCUUACAUGAUCAUGAUGUACAUCUCUGUGUUCCCGAUUGCUAUUUCCGUCAGGCGGACCAAUGUCUACGAGGAGAAGAGUUUGGGUGUGUACGAAGACGAUAAUGACGUGAACGAAGACACCCAAACAGCACCAAGCUACAUCGGGACUCACUUGCGGAAGCAACUUGGUUUCGAUCUUUGGUAUGUCUGCUUAGGCUUGUUCAUCAUCACCAUUGUUGAAGGUGAUCGUCUGGAGAACGCCAGUCAGUACUCGUUCCAGAUUUGGUCUGUGCUCUUUGAGGUCGUCUCUGCAUACGGAACCGUUGGUCUAUCCCUUGGCUAUCCAGGGGUGAACGCUUCGUUUGUUAGUCAGUUCAGAGUCAUCUCGACCCUUGUCAUCAUCGCCAUGCAGAUCCGUGGACGGCAUCGUGGCUUGCCUUACAGUCUUGAUCGUGCCAUCUUACUUCCCUCUGAAUCACUCAACCAAAAAGAGAUUGUCGAUGCGGAGAAACGCAUGCGGCGACGAACGUCCAACCUUAGCCAGAUAGGCUCUCUGGGUCGGCAGCAAUCGCAGGCCGUCUCGGAAAAUGGUGCCACGUCCGCGUUCGACCCGAGUCAACGCAACGCUGCACUAAACACAAACAUUGACUCGAUCAUCCGACGCCAAUCUACCCUUCGUUCGCAAAGGUCUCAGCAGCGAUGAGAUUUUUACCAGGCUUUAUAAAAUUUUGAUUUGAUAGAUAUAGCGUUUGAGCGGUUGUUUUGGCUUGAGCUGUAUAACUGCAUCUAAUAUUGCUUGCGAUUUACGUUACCUUCUGAUACCCGGAGGCUUUCCCUUUCGUUUUUGCUUGGCCAUAGUCACUGGUGACUGGCUUUCGUUCUUUUUCUCAAUUCAACCAAAACAUCCAAUGGAUUCCACCUUGGACUUUUCUCCCUGCAUUUCCUCCUUUGGGAUUGUUUUCUUCGUGAAAUACUGCUGCCUAUCAUUGUGGAUACCAUUGCACAACCGGAAACCUCGGGUUCUGCAACGGUCCGCCAAUCUUGCCCUAUAUGGUAUGCAGCGGUCUAGCCCAUCGAUAGUUUGUAGGGCUGCAUGAACAUCUCCCGCCCAGCAAUGCUACUCAGACGUCAGGGGCUUCUCGAAUCCUCGCUCAUUCUUCUGCCAAGGUUCUAGACAGGGAUUUGAGAUGAUGCACUAAAAAUAUCUACCAUGAAAUAUGACCAAUUGCCCGUCGCCCGGGGAGGUAAGGAGGCAGAACGUGACUAACGGUGUCUAGACCAGGGCAAAACAUGAAGUGUAAAGUGAGACAGGAUACACCUCCUUGCGUCUAACCGAUGCCUGUGCCUCUGGUCCAGAUUGAGUGGAAAUACAGACUCACUCGAUCCAAGGUUGACGAAUGAGACUGAAAACUCAAUAAUGAGUCCCAAAUGGGACUGUAAUUAUGGACAGGUACUUUUCUAGAUGAGAUGAAGAACUCGGCUUGUGCAUGUAUGGAGUAUCUAUGCACAGCAGGUAGUACCCGCUUAUCUUGCAUUCCCCGCGGUGGCUGGAUCAUAUGGCUGCUAUCUUACUGCUAUUCGAGCCAUGGAUGUUACUGUAGCACGGCCGCAGGCGUUCUAGAGUAGGCAGUUGCUUUCUUUCGACCCUUGAGU